AUCAAUCUACCUACUCCGACCUCUAGUAAUUAUCUACGUGUUGUUUGUGAAAUUAACUCUCGACUCUAAUAUGGCAGCAGUUUCCUUGUUUUUAAUUGACCCGAUGUGUCCAGUAUUAGAACUGUGAUGAUCAUCGGGGCUGCCCAGACAGCGGCCUGGACGCAGCUUUUAACCAGAAAAUAAGUCUGGAUAUUAAUUGAACAAAACAAAAAAUCUUUUGGAAACACAAUAUUUAUUACCACGCACGUCAUGUCGUUUAGUUUACGCAGGGGCUUUGGACGAAGUGGACGCUAUGAGUUUCAUAAAUAAAGUGGUUCUCGUCACCGGCGGCAGCUCGGGUAUCGGUGCCUCGGCCGCCAAACACUUCGCUAAAGUAGGUGCGGACGUGGCCAUAGUAGGUCGAAACGUUACAAAACUGGACAACGUGGCCCGGGAAUGUGCGCAAGUCGGCAAAAAACCGCUCGUCAUAAGAACUGACAUUUCAAAAGACGACGACGCGAAGACCAUCGUCCAGCAAACCGUUGACGCCUUCGGAAAGCUAGAUGUGCUCAUUAACAACGCUGCAAUGAACAAAGCCGGAUCCCUGCUCGCUGGCAACCUCCUUGAAUCGUACGACGCAGUCACAGCGGCUAAUUUGAGAGCGGUCAUUUUGAUAACGAGCCUCGCGGCUCCGCACCUCAUCAAGACAAAGGGAAACAUCAUAAACGUAUCCAGUAUCGGUGGAAUCAUGGUACCGUUGCCAGGAUUACUGGUAUAUGGCAUGGGGAAAGCUAGUUUGAAUCAUUUUACACGUGGCAUUGCCUUGGAGUUAGCUCCUCAUGGUGUCAGAGCUAACAUCAUCAGUCCAGGUCCUGUUUUAACUGAUAUCCUUGAGAAUUCUGAUACUCCAAUUAGCUGGGAAAUUUUUAAGGCUGCCACGGCAUUAAAGAGACUAGGAGAACCAUCGGAAAUAGCCGAAUUGAUGUUAUUCCUGGCAAGUGACAAAGCUAGAAGCAUAACCGGCUCGAACUACGUCUCCGACAAUGGAAUGUUGCUGCUCAGAUGAAGACCGCACUAAUGAUUUUUCCAGAAUUAUUUUUCGAUUGAAUAAAUUAUCUUAACGAAAUUUGUACUCUAA